AUGGACAUCGCGGGCGGCGCGGCGCGUGACCGGGUGGUGGUGGGGGGGGAGCUUUACCUGCAGCUCGGGGGGCCCGCCGGCCCGCGGGGGGCCUCAGCGGCGUCAGCGGGAGGCGGAGGAUCGAUCGGAGCGGCGGGCGACUGCGCUCGGCAGUGGAGCGAGUGCGCCGCGUCCCCGGGUCCCUCCUCCUCCUGCUGCCGCGAGCAGAGAGCUCACGGCGGUGGAGGAGUCGGCAUCGGAGGGGGCGGCGGCGGCGGAGGAGUCGGAGGCGCCGGGGUGGACGAUGACGGCGCCGCGUCGGCCGGCCUCGCGUCCUCUGGCGGGGGCGGCUCGGCCGUCGGGAUGGGGUCGGGGGUCGGGGUCGGCUUGCAGGGGGUCGCGCUGCAGGGGCUCGGCUUGGGAUUCGGGGUCGGCCUGGCCCCCGGCGCCGUGGAGGAGCUGCUCAUGAUGGGUUCGCGGCGCGGCGACAGCAGCGGGGACGACGACAGCGACCGCGGCUCGGUGAUGGGCGGGCGGACGCGGUGCGGAGGCGACGAAGGUGCGGGCGACGAGGGGCGGGGAGGAUGCGGCGACGGGACGUCCGCAGGCGGCAGCGGCGGCGCAGGAGGAGUCGGGGGAGUCGGGGGAGGAGGUGAACUCGGGGGGCUGGGGGACAGAAGCUCCACGGCGGCGGCAGGAGCAGGAGGAGGAGCGGGGAAGCUGCCUUCGAGCCGCAAGAACAAGGAGCAGAGGGCGCUGCGCUUGAGCAUUAACGCGCGCGAAAGGAGGCGCAUGCACGACCUGAACGACGCGCUGGACGAACUGCGGGCCGUGAUCCCGUACGCGCACAGCCCCUCGGUGCGCAAGCUCUCCAAGAUCGCCACGCUGCUCCUGGCCAAGAACUACAUCCUCAUGCAGGCGCAGGCGCUCGAGGAGAUGCGUCGCCUCGUCGCCUACCUCAACCAGGGGCAGGCGUUGCCCUCGCUGCCCGCGCUGCCCUCCCUGCCCACGCUGCCGGCCCUGCCCGCGGCCGUUGCGGGGGGGCUGGAGGGGGCACGGGUGUCGCUGUACGAGCAGCCGGCCUAUCAGGGGCUCAUGGCGAUGCACGCGGCGGCUGGGGGAGCAGGGGGAGCAGGAGGAGGUGGUGGUGGUGGUGGGGUGCUAGUGGGGAUGCAGAGCGUUUGUCCGGCGGAGAAGGGAGCGACGCAGCUGCACGGAGCGUCUUGA